GGCCAAUCCAACCCGCCUGUCCCUGUCUGUUCAUCACGUCAGAUUCAACCUGAAAGUUCGGUGCAACUACUCCUUGUCGUGCAACAGCUUUCACAUCAUUUUGAUAACCAAAUCUUGAGUGUUGUAACCCGACUCACUUCAUUACAAGAUGCAGAUGCUUACGAAGUUUGAGUCUAAAAGCAAUCGUGUUAAAGGCAUUGCUUUUCACCCAAAACGCCCUUGGAUUCUUGCAUCUCUACACAAUGGAUGCAUUCAACUGUGGGAUUAUAGAAUGGGAACAUUGCUCGAGCGCUUUGACGAACAUGAUGGUCCCGUCAGAGGUAUCGCUUUCCACCCUUCUCAACCCUUAUUCGUAUCCGGUGGCGACGACUAUAAGAUUAAAGUGUGGAAUUAUAAAACCCGUCGUUGUCUAUUCACUUUGAAUGGCCAUUUGGAUUACGUACGCACCGUGUUUUUCCACCACGAAAAUCCUUGGAUUCUAUCAGCUUCCGACGAUCAAACCAUUCGCAUUUGGAACUGGCAGUCUCGUACUUGUAUUGCCAUCCUCACCGGUCACAACCACUAUGUUAUGUCCGCACAAUUCCAUCCAAAGAAUGAUUUGGUUGUCAGUGCUUCUAUGGAUCAAACUGUUCGAGUUUGGGAUAUUUCAGGUCUUCGAAAAAAGAACCAAGCUCCUGGAUCACAAGCUUAUGAAGAUCACUUCAAUCGCCAAAAUAGUCAGGCUGAUUUGUUCGGUAGCACUGAUGUUAUGGUCAAAUAUGUCUUGGAAGGUCACGAUCGAGGUGUCAACUGGGCUACUUUCCAUCCCACCAUGCCUUUGAUUGUGUCUGCUGGUGAUGAUAGACAAGUUAAGCUUUGGAGGAUGAAUGACACGAAGGCUUGGGAAGUCGAUACUUGCCGUGGCCAUUUCAACAACGUAUCCAGUGCUAUCUUCCAUCCUCGUCAAGAAUUGAUCUUGUCCGAUGGUGAAGAUAAAUCCAUUCGGGUUUGGGAUAUGUCCAAGAGAAACUCUGUCGCCACUUUUAGAAGAGAUCAUGAUCGUUUCUGGGUCCUGACCGCUCACCCAGAGCUCAACUUGUUUGCUGCAGGUCAUGACAAUGGUCUUAUUGUCUUCAAGUUGGAACGUGAACGCCCUGCCUUCCAGGUCAACCGUAACAACCUCUUUUACAUUCAAAACAAGGUCCUCCAUGUUCACGACUUUAACAAUGGCAAUGAUAGAGAACUCUUGUCAGUCCGCAAACUCGGAAGUCAGUACGUGCAGCCACGUACUUUGUCAUACAACCCUGCUGAAAAGGCCGUCCUAGUCACCUCCCCUCACGAAGGUGGCACUUAUGAGCUUUUCAACCUUCCUCGCGACGUUUCUGGUGAUCUUCGAGAGCCUGCUGAUGAAGGAAAACGUGGAAGCGGAUCAUCUGCCAUCUUCAUUGCCCGUAACCGCUUUGCUGUAUUCGACAAGACCAAUCAGCAAAUUCAGAUCCGCGAUCUUACUAAUACCGUUACGAAGUCAUUCAAGCCACCUACACAAAUCAAUGAGAUUUUCUAUGCCGGUACCAGCACUUUACUUAUGGCCACUGGCACCUCUGUCAUCCUCUAUGACAUCCAACAGAGAAGAACCAUUGCAGAAUUGACUACGCCCAUGGUUAAAUACGUCGUUUGGUCCGCUGACAUGAAUCUCGUUGCCUUGCUCAGCAAGCACACCAUCACCAUCGCCGAUAAGGACUUGCAACAAAAGUGUCUCAUUCACGAAACCAUUAGAAUCAAGAGCGGUACUUGGGAUGACGCCGGCGUUUUUGUCUACUGUACUUUGAAUCACAUCAAAUAUGCUCUGCCUCAAGGUGACAACGGCAUCGUUCGCACCCUCGACCAACCCGUCUACUUAACCAGAGUAAACGGAAAGAGUCUGCACAUUCUUGAUCGCGAUGGCAAUGCUCGGGUCAUGCAAAUCGACCCUACAGAAUAUCGUUUCAAGUUGGCCUUGGUUAAGAGACAGUACGACGAAGUCCUGCACAUUAUUCGCAACUCUAACCUUGUUGGUCAAUCCAUCAUUGCUUACUUGCAAAAGAAGGGAUACCCAGAGGUUGCUCUUCACUUUGUUCGUGACGAUCGCACUCGCUUUGAACUUGCAUUGGAGUGUGGCAAUUUGGAAGUUGCUCUUGAGACCGCUCGUUCCAUGGACACUGAGGAUUGUUGGCAAAAGCUGAGUGUAGAAGCUUUGAAGCAGGGUAACCAGCAGAUUGUUGAGUCUGCUUACCAGCGUAUCAAGAACUAUGAUCGCCUCUCUUUCUUGUAUCUCGCCACUGGCAAUACCGACAAGUUGCGAAAGAUGCUCAAGAUUGCCGAGCUUAGAAAUGACCCCAUGUCACGUUUCCAAAACGCUCUCUAUCUUGGUGAUGUUGAAGAACGUAUCAGACUCCUUCGAGAUGUUGGACAACUUCCCUUGGCUUACCUCACUGCCAAGUCCAACGGGCUCACCGAACUGGCUGAAGAAAUUCUCGCUCAGGCCGGAAAAACUGAAGACGAGAUUGAAUUGCCAGAGGCGCCCAGCCAACCUCUCACUGUUCCUCAACCUGUGAUCCAGCUUCAAGAUAACAACUGGCCCCUCUUGACCGUAUCAAGAUCCUUCUUUGAAGGAUCCUUCUCUCUCGAUCAGAAGAACGAUCAACAAGCUGCUGCUCCUGGCUUGCAAUUCACUGACGACAUUGAAGAUAUUGAAGAAGCUGGUGGCGAUUGGGGUGCUGAUGACGAAAAUGAAAUAACCGGUAUCUCACAAGUGCCACAUGGUGGUGAUGAAGAUGACUUGGAAGGAGACGAUGAAGAAGGCGGUUGGGACAUGGAUACCGAUAUUAAAAUUCAAAUGCAAGAACAAAGCCAAGCACCUGUGGAGACGGCUGAAUUUGUUGCACCCACAGCUGGUACCAGUGAAUCAUCCUCAUGGAUUCAAAGCUCGCCGCUUGCUUCGGACCACAUUGCUGCUGGAUCGUUUGAAACCGCCAUGCAAAUGCUCAAUCGCCAAGUGGGUAUUGUCAACUUUGAACCCCUUAAAUCGCGAUUCAUGGCCAUCUACCAAGCAUCUCGUGCUUCCCUCUCUGGCAACCCUAAUAUACCAUCCAUGUGGGUCUACCUUCGUCGAAACCAAGAAGAUUUUGAUCCCCGUCGAUCGUUGCCAGCUGUUGCUCACAAUUUCCAAAAUCUCAUCACCGCCAACCUUCAACCUGCAUACAAUGCUUUCACCAAGGGACGAUUUGCUGUAGCUACUACGCAGUUCAAGACUCUGUUACACUCUCUUCUGUUUACCGUUGUCAACACUCCGGCUGAAGCUGAAGAAGUCAAACAGUUGGUUGGUAUUUGUAGAGAAUAUCUAUUGGGUUUGUCCAUGGAGCAAAAGCGCCGUGCCAUUGGUGCCUCUCCCGAAGCCACCAAACAAGCUUUAGAAUUGGCUGCCUACUUUACUCACUGCCAGCUUCAAGUGCCACACAUGCAACUUGCAUUAAGACAAGCCGCCAAGCUCUGUUUCAAGAACAAGAACUUUAGCAGUGCCAGCACCUUUGCUCGCCGACUUUUGGAAUUAGCUCCUGUCACCACUGUGGCCAAUGAGGCUCGUCAAAUCCAAGCUGCUUGCGAACGUACUCCCACGGAUGAAAUCAAGCUAGGUUACGAUCAGUACAACCCAUUUGUCGUGUGCGGUAUAUCGUAUGAGGCCAUCUACAAGGGCUCACCUAAGGCUGAUUGUCCUUAUUGUUCCACCUCUUACCUACCUGAACAUCAAGGCAAAGUCUGUACAGUAUGUGAAGUAGCGCAAAUCGGAUCACAGGGCUCUGGUUUGAGAGUUACCGCAUAGAAAUUUUAGUAUCAGAGGGUUUGUCUUGAUGCUCACCUCCGGACAACAAAGAGAAAAAAUAAGAAAAUGAAAAAAUACGAAAUUCCCCCCAAUUAAAAUUACCGAACCCCUACAUUCUUUUAUUAUAACCGGCCUGCAAUAGAGUAAAGUGGAUGUGAUGUGUACCGGCGUCGCGUCGGAUGUGUGGUUUACUGAGUUCUAGUCACUUCAUGGUGCUCGCCAUGCACUGAACAUUGCCCAUGACAUGGACUUUCGCCCUGCUGCACAGCAAUCACCUACAG